UUUUAUAAAUCAUGAUUUAAUGAAAAGGGCAGAAAUCUGUUAUUAGCAUCGUCGGUUUUUUUUCGAUAAAUACAUAAAUAACUCAUGAUCACCUGACCAGACGACUUCUCAAUUUAAAACGAAAGCAAAACAUACCAAGUGAAAGUAAUCUGCGGACAUGUAAGGAACAUGACAGCUCAAUGAAACGGCUCGUUUUUUGCUAAUUUCUUGCUAAAAUACAUUUUAAAUAAAUGCUAUUAUGUUCAUUUUGCGUAUUUCAAGAUGCAUCCACCGUAUUGUUUCUUGCUGUCAAUACUUCUGAUGGUCGCUGAUGGCUUCUCUGUUCAUGGUCCCUCUGCUCCUCUGUCUGCUCCUUUGGGAUCUUCAGUGGUUUUGCCCUGUUAUGUUGAUAAAGCUUUACCAGUGGAGGAUCUGGAGGUGGAAUGGAGAAGAGCAGACUCAGAGACUCUGAUUCAUCUGUAUCAAGAUGGUGAGAGUCGACCAGAGGUCCAGCAGCAGGAUUAUCAUGAUAGAGCUCAUUUCUUUACUGAGGAGAUUCAACAUGGAAACUUCUCCCUCCGUCUGGACAAUCUGACAGCUCAAGAUGAAGGAGAAUACAGAUGUACAGUUCACAGUCAGCAGGAUUCUGGAGAAACUGUGGUUCACAUGAAAGAUGUCGAGCGUUUGCUGGUGUCAGGCUCAGAUGAGUCCAUCUCUGCAUAUGUUGGUGAGGACGUGACUCUGAACUGCUCUGUAGACUCUCACAUCACACCUGAACACAUUAAAGUUUCAUGGAAGAAAACAGAUAAAGAUGGAGAUAUUCUGGUUUUGCUCUUCCAAAACAACGAGACUUUACCAGAUUCAUCACAUGAGCGAUUCAGAGGCAGAGUUGAGUUCUUCACUGCUGAAAUCCCCAAAGGAAACUUCUCUCUCAGACUGAAGAGUGCCAGAACUGAGGACAAAGGAGUUUACAUGUGUCAAGUGUUUGCUGGAGGAGCUUCGGCCAAUGCAACCAUAGAGCUGGAGAGACUGGGUUUUUCUGCUGUAAACAUAAUAAUGAUGAUUCUCUGUGUUUCUGCAUCUGGAUCUGCUCUUCUGCUCUGCUUCAUGAUCUACUGCAGAUCUCCUACUAAAGGUUUCUUUGUUGAGGAACCUCUAAAUAUUUUUUUUAAUAUGGGAUCCUCUGUGGUUUUGCCCUGCCAUGUGGACAGACACAUAUUUAAGAAAAUACAGAAGGUGGAAUGGAGAAGAAAAAACACCAAGACUCUGGUUCAUCUGUAUCAAGAUGGUGAAAGUCAAGUACAGAAACAACAUGAAGAUUAUCAUGAUAGAGCUCAUUUCUUUGCUGAGGAGAUUCAACAUGGAAACUUCUCCCUCUGUCUGGACAACCUAAGAGCUGAAGAUGCUGGAGAAUACACAUGUACAGUUUACAGAAACUGGUUUGCAGUGACAAGAGCAGCAGAGAUAAAACUGGCACCCUGGUUCAUAGUGAACGGUUCCUCAGAUCCUCAGACAGUUCUUCUGGGAGAUUCAGUGGUCUUGCACUGUCAAGUUGACACAUACUUGUUACAGAGAAACGUAAAAGUGGAAUGGACAAGAUCAGACUCAGAGACUCUGGUUCAUCUGUAUCAAGAUGGUGAGAGUCGACCAAAGAAACAGAACAAAGAAUAUCGUAACAGAGCUCAUUUCAUUGUGGAGGAGAUUAAAAAUGGAAACUUCUCCCUCCGUCUGGACAAUCUGAGAGCUGAAGAUGAAGGAGAAUACACAUGUACAGUUUACAGUGACCAGAAUUAUGUGUAUUCAACAGAAGCAAACAUUGAGUUACUGGACUUUGAUGUUCAGUGUUCUCAUCACACACUUGCUCCGCUGGGAUCUUCAGUGGUUUUGCCCUGUUAUGUUGAUGAAGCUUUACCAGUGGAGGAUCUGGAGGUGGAAUGGAGAAGAGCAGACUCAGAGACUCUGGUUCAUCUGUAUCAAGAUGGUGAGAGUCGAGCAGAGGUCCAGCAGCAGGAUUAUCAUGAUAGAGCUCAUUUCUUUACUGAGGAGAUUCAACAUGGAAACUUCUCCCUCCGUCUGGACAAUCUGACAGCUCAAGAUGAAGGAGAAUACACAUGUACAAUUUACAGAAAUCAGACACCAGUGUUUUCAGUCAAGAGAAAUUUGGUAUUGAGAUUACUAGAUCAUGUCUUACGACUUCAGAUGAUUCUCGUUUUCUGUCCAAAUAUCCUGAUGUUUGUUGCUUUUAUCCUGUGGGGAGUUUCCGAAGGCUCUCUGUUUGAGUCGGUCUCUUGUUGUGCUCUUUAUUUUCUGAGACCUCUUAUGUUGCUCUGGGCCGCUCCAUAUGUCACUGAAUUCACAGGAAACAUUAAAACGUUUAUGGAAAGUUAUACUUUUAGAGCAGAAUAUGUGGUUUUCUCAGCUGUGUUUUAUUCAGUUCUGUUUAAAUCUGCUUUCGACAAAGGUCUGAGUUAUGCAGGAUUUGAAGGUGUCAUGAUAAUAGUCCUCUUCGUGAUUGUGCUUCUGUUCAACCUCAUCUAUAUUAUUUACUUGUUGGAUACAAUCUUUAAGAAAUUAAGCCAGAGGAUAAAUACUAUAUUCGAUGUUCUGGCUGGUAUCAGCUUGGAUGUUCUGCCUUCACUGCAGUUCAUCCUCCUGUUCUUCGCCUUUGGAUCUGCAAGAGGAGGAUUCUUCAUUGUUGCAGUUUUACCAGUUUUUAUCACAGUGACAAACUACGACUGGGAUUUAGUAUGUGGAGAACGAAUGGGCUGUUUACCUUCAGUCAGGAGAUCAGUGUGGUUAAUCCUCAUGUUAUUAAUCAAUGCUGUGAUGGUGUAUUUCUACAUCAUAGCACUGGAGAAUGAAAAAGAUCGUGUUGGAUGGGCCUGUAUGAUUGCGUUUCUGCAGUUACUCUGGGCAGUGAUGAACUUCACAUGGUCAUUUAAAUGGAUUCUUCAUCGUGUUGUUCCUGUGUAUGUGUUUGGAUCAGUUGCUGUUGUUUUACUGAACUCGGUUACUCUGAUGACUGAACUCAUACUGAAAACAGUUAAUGGUGAAGGUGCAGUCGGAGAUCUGAGAAUCGUCGUCUUUUCCUCUGAAUUCGUCUUCACUUUAUUGCUGAUGAUUCUGCUGGUUUUUGAACCCUGGAUCAAAACAUGUCUGCAGUCAUGUCAGAGUGCAGCAGGAUCUGAUGAACAUCCAGCCAGUGAACCAAACCAGAACACAGCAGAAGCACAUGAAAUGGAAACUCUUCUGAAGAUUGAAGAUCAGGAGUCUGAUAUGAAACCAAAGGAACAGACAUGGAAAUGUGUGGUUUUGUACAACUUCACUCCAGUAGAACACUUUUUGCUGGAUUUGGUUGUUGGUGAGACAAUAGAGAUUCUCGCAAAGGGUGAGAAUGGAUCUUGGAUGGGAAAGAAAAAUAAUCAAGUAGGAUUAUUUUCAGCAAAUUAUGUAAAAGAAUUAGAAGGCGCUUCAGUAGAUGCAGCAGGAUCUGAUGAAACGCUAGCCAGUGCAUCAAUUGCAUCAAUUCAAAGCCUGAACAUGCUGUACCAGGAAACGACAGAAUCCCAUGAAAUUAAUCUUCAGCUGCAUCAGGAUCAGGAGAAUGGUAGAAGUCAUGUGACAGAGGAAAAUCAGCCUGAUUUAUGAACAAUAAGAAAAAAAUACUUUUGAUCCAAAAGUGUAUUUUCACUCUAUCUCUAACUGUGAUUAGACUGCAAUGUUGUUAAUUUUUUUGUAAUGUGUAUGGUUUUAUAAUGAAAACUCCUAUGGUAUGGUAUUACUUAUUUUGAUGUUUGUGAGUUUUUUUAAUACACAUAAUGUUGUACAUACUGUAUGUUAUCUGUAAACUUUAAGAUUGCUUUCUGUUUGAGACUUUCAGUGUCAAGUUAUCGGUGUCAGCGUUGGAUUAUUUGUCAUGUUUUGGUUUUCUGGCACAGCCCAAAGUCAUGCAGGUUUGGUGAAAUGGAGAUAAUAAAUUGUUCCUCCCUUAUUUAUGUGUAUAAGUGUAUAAGACAGACACGUAGGGAUUGGAUGCAGGAGUGAUGUUAAAGUGUUAAAAAAACAAAAAUGAUUCCAUGAUUUACUCACCCUCAGGGCAUCAUAAGUGUAUAUGACUUUAAUUCUUUCAGCUGAAUUUAGUCAACGUUUUUUUGAAAAUUAUACUUGGCUUUUUGCAGCUGUAUGGAAAAAAAUGUGGCAGCUGUUUUUAUGAGCAACCUAAUGGAAGUCCCAUAAAGCUUAUCCAUCCAUAAUUUUCAUGUGGCUCUGGAUGUGAAUAAAGGUCUCCAUGCACUUUUGUAAGGAAAAUGUAAAUAUUUAAAACCUUAUAUAUGGUUUAUAAACUUCUCAUCAUCACCGAUUCUCUUCACAGCAGUUACGUCUGUUGUAGUGAGUGAAUGAAUCGUUUAAAAUUUGAGUGUUGGGCACAUUAUAAAAUCUGUAACCUAAUUAAUUAAUGCAUUAAUUAAAAACCUAACACGUCAUUUUGGUAACAUUUUUCUUUACCCUUGGCUCAGAAGGCAUUUUUAAAUAUUUUGCUAUAAGCAUUUAAUUUUGCUAUAAACAUCCCAUGGUGUCAUGAUGAAAAUGCAAUCACUUUUCCUAACCCUAAG